AAAUCUAUACUGAUUCUAUAUGCUACUCUCUGUUGUAUAUUGAACUAUAUAAUUGUCGCGGAUGAUUAGUGUAUUUACGAGUUAGACGCCAUUUUUAGGACCUGUAGGCAGGGCCGAUACGGAACCGGGCAACCGAGUACUGUCACCUGGAAUCUGUUCGUUCUUUGAGAAACCAUAUCGUAUAAGGAUUUGACGUACACACAUACUAUCUGUUGAUUUAAUGCAACGCACCCCUGCCACAUCAUGAAUGUUUUAAAGGCGGUGAGUAUGCCGGCUCCAAAGCGGCUUCGAGAUUUAAUACGAGAGAUCCGCUCCUCUCGUACAGCAGCUGACGAAAGAGCUGUGGUGAACCGUGAGUGUGCCACAAUCAGGGACUCUUUUCGAGACCAAGACAACACAUACAGAUGUCGAAAUGUUGCCAAGCUGCUUUACAUUCAUAUGUUAGGCUAUCCAGCUCAUUUUGGCCAGCUUGAGUGUAUGAAGUUGAUUGCUUCACCGAGGUUCACAGACAAGAGAAUUGGUUACUUGGGAGCUAUGCUUCUUCUGGAUGAAAGACAAGACGUUCAUCUCCUCAUCACAAACUCUCUGAAAAAUGACCUUGGUCAUACGACGCAAUACAUUCAGAGUCUGGCCCUGUGCACCCUGGGUGCCAUCUGCUCCACUGAGAUGAGCCGUGAUCUUGCGGGUGAGGUGGAGAAAAUGAUCAAGUCCUCCAACGCUUACAUCAAGAAGAAGGCCAUCUUGUGUGCAUUUGGCAUCAUUCGCAAAGUCCCAGACUUGAUGGAGAUGUACAUACCAGCAACCAGAUCUCUUCUCAAUGAGAAAAACCAUGGCGUGUUGCUGACGGCUGUGUGCCUUAUCACAGAGAUGAGUGAGAAGAGCCCUGAUACAUUGCAUCACUUCAGAAAGGUCAGCGCACAGACGGCAAACUUGGUACCGCAGCUGGUGAGGAUCCUGAAGCAUCUGAUCAUGGCUGGCUAUUCCCCGGAGCAUGAUGUGUCUGGUGUCAGCGACCCUUUCCUUCAGGUGAAAAUUCUCAGACUGUUGAGAAUUUUGGGUAGAAAUGAUGCUGAAGCAAGUGAAACUAUGAACGAUAUCCUGGCCCAGGUGGCCACCAACACAGACACCAGCAAGAAUGUCGGCCAUGCUAUUUUGUAUGAAAUUGUGCUCACAAUCAUGGGUAUCCAGUCAGAGGCAGGAUUGCGGGUGCUUGCUGUGAAUAUAUUGGGUCGCUUUCUUCUGAACAAUGACAAGAACAUCAGAUAUGUUGCCUUGAACACUUUGUUGCGUGUUGUGAAUGCUGACUACAAUGCUGUGCAGCGACAUAGGACAACCAUAGUGGAUUGUCUCAGAGAUCCAGACAUUUCUAUUCGAAGGCGUGCCAUAGAACUCUCCUUUGCUCUGAUCAACCACAACAACGUGCGGGGCAUGAUGAAAGAGCUGUUGAGUUUCCUCGAGACUUGUGACCCUGAGUUCAAGUCAGACUGUUGUUCCAACAUUGUCAUUGCAGCAUCCAAAUAUUCUCCCAAUAAGAGAUGGCACAUCGACACGGUGCUCAAAGUACUCACUACAGCAGGCAACUACAUCAAAGGCGACGUAGUGACAAUUGUCAUUCAGUUGGUGUCGGAGACAUCGAGCCUGCACGCAUACUCUGUGCAGCAGCUGUUCCGGGCCCUGCGCGUGCACUACACAGAACAGCCACUGGCGCAGGUCGCUGCCUGGUGCAUCGGGGAGUAUGGUGAUCUCAUCCACUCACAUUGCUUGGAGGAUGAGGAACCACUGGAGGUGUCAGAGGAUGAAGUAAUAAGUCUUCUCGAGAAGGUCUUGGCAAAUAACAACUCAUCAGUUGUCACCAAAGAGUAUUCGAUCACAGCUUUGAUGAAACUCUCUUCAAGAUAUACGAAGUCCUCUCAGAAAUUGAAACAAGUACUGGCCCAAUAUGGAUCCAGUACGAAUGUGGAACUACAGCAGCGAUCAGUGGAAUACUCCAACUUGUUUGGCAAAUAUGAUCACAUGAGGCCAGCUCUGUUGGAGCACAUGCCGUUGAUUGAGGCUCACCCCCACAGCUUGGAGGAUCAGUUCUCAGAAGGACAAGAUGAGGUGAACUUGUUGACUGACGCUGUGUCCAGGGCAAACGCACACAACAAUGCAACCAUCACGCCGCCUGCAGAGAAUGGCGACAUCUUGGAUAUUUUGUCCAACGGUGUGUCACAGCCUCACGGACCUGGUGCAGAAACGAGCAAAAGUGGUGGUGGUGGUGGAACCACGGACUUCCUGGUGGAUCUACUGGGGGAUCUCACCACGGACACGCCAGCAGCCCCGACUGGCACAGUCCUGAGUCCAGCCUCUAACAACAAUUUGAUAGAUGGUUUCAUGCAGUCCCCUGCUCCCACGAACAAUGUUAUGAAUGGAAUGUCAUCUUUGCCACCGGUGACAGCUUUCAACAAGAACGGGCUGCUGGUGGAGUUCCUCUGCCAACGUUCAGAGGCCGUACAGACUGUGAUCAACAUGAAGGCCACUAACUCCACGCCAUUCCCAAUGACAGACUUUGUCUUUCAGGCCGCUGUGCCCAAGUCAUUCCAGUUGAGCCUCCAGUCCCCCUCAGGUAACGUCAUUGCUCCCAUCAACUCAGGCAGUGUCACACAAGUCAUACAGCUCAACAACCCGCAAAAACAAGCCAUUCGCAUGCGUUUGAAGAUCAGUUACAGCCACAAUGGAGCAACAGUGGACGAGAUGGGAGAGGUCAACACAUUCCCAGCAGAGCUGUGGCAAUAACGAUCGGUUCCUGUUCGCUGUAGGAGAGAGAGAUGAGAUUUAUGGGCUGUGUGAGACUGGUUUCGACGUCUGACACUGAGUGAUGAUGUUGUGGUUACUGACUGGAGUGAAUGUGAGGAAGAACUGUGCGAGUGGAAGUUGUUGUGCUUUGGUGUGCUAGCGGCGAGUAUGGACAAAAAAAAGGUGUGCGUGCCUGAGUGAGGACUGUGGCUAUGAGGUCAUGAGUGUGGAGUGAUAUUUGGUUCUUAUCUUAUUUGUUGGGUUGUUGUUUAUUUUUGCUAUGUGAUGAUGCAAAGAGAGGUUAUACUAUGCCUGUGGUCUCAGGCUCUGUUGAGGCUUUCCAUUCUCAUGUAUUUCCUCAUCCGCAUUGAGUUUAUGGCUAUGUUUUUGUUAUAAUGCUGUAAUUUAUUUGUACUUGCUUAUUUAUCCCUCUGGCCCCUUCUUACAUUACAUUUGUAACUCUUGGGACAGUACAUUUUGUUUCUCAUCCAAGAAAAGCCUCAAAGUACAGAAGAGUUGGAAAUUGUAGAAAGAACAAAGAAGAACAACAGUUGUCAUUGACUGUAGAGCA